CAUUAAGCUGAUUCACGCGUGGUUCGGUUGAGAAGGUUUGGUUGCCGCACACAGCUCCUUAUUUCGGCUAACACGGGCUAUCUAAUCGAAUCAUAGAUCAGUUUUUGCUAAACAAAACAAAAAGCGCGCACAUAAUUGCUUUAAAAACCAGUGAUGAGACACAAAAUUGCAGUUUUUAAUGUCUGCGUGAUGAGAUGUAACAUAUUGACUUCCGUUUCUCCUAGCCGACCAAUUAGCAAAGGCCUUCAGAGUUUAUAGUUCAUUAUGAAAUUCUACAAAUACAGUGUUUAUUUGCUGACGGUUUAUUUAGCAACAGCAACCAAUUUUAAUCUCGACAUGCAAAUGAACAAUUCAUCAGUUGUAUUAAUACUGAUUUCUGUGGCAUGCAUUUGUGAGUUUUGGGAAAUAAAAGCGCCGACAGAGGAUCUGGCCUCCCAGGAUGGACCGUGCUUAGAUGUGGGCAACGUUUAAGCUGAAUGCAUUGUGAUUUCCAAUAAUUGAGACAGUGAUUUCUAAAAAGCUGUCUACAUUAAUGAAAAGAACAAUGUAGUCAGCUUAGCAUAUUCAACCAUGUACAUGAAUAUUGUUAAAUAGGUGUCUUGAGCUGUGUAAUAUUCAUGCAUGUAUUAGGGCUGCAAUGUUUUAGCUAAAUUAGGCAGAUCCCUUCCCACUUGCAUUCUCUUAGGUUUUUAAUAUAGCUCUUUUUAAGAAAUUAAACAUGGAUGUCACUGAGAUUUUACCUCCCCUCCCAUUGGAGCCACCAGACGCAGUAUUGGCGGGGAAUGAUUACAGUAAAGCACCUCCACCACCUCCCCUGCAAACGUCCAGUGACGCAGAGGAAAUGGACGUUAGCUCUGGUGGUGAUGGACACCAACACACCCCAGCAGUGGACAGGGAUGAACAGCUCCUCCUCAACAAGCGCACAUUGUCCGUUAGUAGUCACCCAUCAGGUAGUCCUGACUCCAUGGCCACGUGCCCUAGAACCGCUCGCCAUGCUCCCCCAGUUACAAAGUUCUUACCUGAUCUCAAACUCCUCAAAGAUGUAAAGAUCAGCGUCAGUUUCUCAGACAGCAGUAAGAGCAAAGACAGGGAGGUGUUGUACACUGGUUUGGGGCAGGUUAGCGAUGAAGAUCAGAGCCUAGAGGGCCUGAAUGGUGAAUUGCAUGAUUCUUUACAGCAGAGAAGUGUGCCGGGCAGCUCGACCAUGAGCACUGGUACCUUAGGGUUAGCUAGAAACAGCGAAGAGCUGGAGACAGAGCAGGAGAACAAGGUUGAGUUUGCCGUCUUGGAUGACCUGGAAGAUUUCAGCGAGAACUUUCUGGAAGCGGAAGACGGAGAACAGAGUGGUUUCAGGUCUCAGAUGAUAGUUCAGCAGGAGCAAGCGCACGAGGAGGACCUGAAUUACUCCUAUGAGGAGGACUUUGACAAUGAUGUAGAUGCCCUGCUGGAGGAAGGCAUGCCUAUGCCCAAGAAGAGGCGUCUGGCUGAAGACAAGUACACUGGAGACAGUGAUCACCAUUCAGAUGGCGAGGCCGGAGUUCAGCCCAUGAUGACCAAAAUUAAGACGGUUCUUAAGAGUCGUGGGCGUCCACCAACUGAGCCGUUACCCGAUGGGUGGAUCAUGACAUUCCAUAACUCUGGCAUUCCAGUCUACCUCCACCGGGAAAGCAGAGUUGUAACAUGGUCUAGACCUUACUUCCUUGGAACAGGAAGCAUUAGGAAACAUGACCCACCAACCAGUAGCAUUCCCUGCUUGCACUAUAAGAAAAUGAAGGAUCAAGAAGAAAGGGAACGGAAUGGAGAGGUGACUCCAACUGCAGAGGUGUCUCCAGUGAAAUCUGGGGAUGAGGGCAUCACAUUGGAGAGAGCCGACGAGCCUGACUCUACUGCCACAGAAGAGCCGACAGGCAGACCAACAUCAGAAGAUCCAGAGCUUGACCUCAUGAAGCCAGGAAGAUCUUCAGAGGGGAAGGACAGCCAAGCCAAUGAUACUGCACAGGGAGCGCUGGGCCAGGUCAAAGCCAAGGUGGAGGUCUGCAAAGAUGAGUCUGUUGACAUUGAGGAGUUUAGAAGCUACUUAGAGAAGUGCUUUGAUUUUGAGCAAGUGACGGUGAAGAAGUUUCGCACAUGGGCUGAGCGCAGACAGUUCAACCGGGACAUGAAGAGGAAGCAGGCCGAGUCUGAGAGGCCCAUCCUACCAGCCAAUCAGAAGCUCAUCACACUCUCCGUACAAGACGCCCCAACAAAGAAAGAGUUUGUCAUCAACCCCAACGGGAAGUCAGAAGUCUGCAUUUUACACGAGUAUAUGCAAAGAGUACUCAAAGUGCGACCAGUUUACAACUUUUUUGAAUGUGAAAACCCAAGUGAACCCUUCGGAGCCUCAGUCAUUAUAGACGGUGUUACAUAUGGCACAGGAACAGCAAGUAGUAAAAAACUCGCCAAGAAUAAAGCUGCUCGAGCAACACUGGAGAUCCUCAUUCCUGACUUUGUGAAGCAGACGUCUGAGGAGAAGCCCAUAGAGGGAGAUGAACUGGAGUAUUUUAAUCAUAUCAAUAUUGAAGAUUCAAGAGUGUAUGAGCUGACCAACAAAGCAGGUUUACUCUCACCAUAUCAGAUCCUUCAUGAGUGCCUUAAGAGAAACCAUGGCAUGGGUGACACCAGCAUCAAGUUUGAAGUGAUUCCAGGAAAGAACCAGAAGAGUGAAUAUGUCAUGACAUGCGGGAAGCACACUGUACGGGGCUGGUGUAAAAAUAAGAGGGUUGGAAAGCAGCUGGCUUCACAGAAGAUUCUUCAAAUGCUUCAUCCUCACGUCAAGAACUGGGGCUCACUGCUGCGCAUGUACGGCAGAGAAAGCAACAAGAUGGUUAAGAAAGAGAACUCUGAUAAGAGCGUGAUUGAGCUUCAGCAGUAUGCCAAAAAGAACAAGCCAAAUCUUCACAUCCUCAACAAACUACGAGAAGAGAUGAUGAAGCUGGCUCGGGAAAGGGAGGAGGCAAGAAAGAAGCCGAAGAUGACCGUAAUGGAGUCGGCUCAACCUGGCAGUGAACCUCUGUGUACUGUUGACGUCUAGCAAACCCUCGUUCAGCAUGUUGUGAUGGCAGAUAGCACUGAACAAUGAAGCAAACGGCGCACCUUUGCCAGUGAGAUGCCGAUGGUUCCUGUUCCACAGCACACGUCCAGCUGAGCCCAUUCACC